GUCUCCCACAUCGUCGUCGUCUUCUCCAUCCGCUUUGCCGCCGCCAUCGCUGCCGCCUCCAUGUCGAGAUGAAAGCACCAGGCUGCACGCAGGGAUAGGAACGACUGGACCCCCUCCUUCCUCCCCCCNCCUUCCGCCAUGGCGUACUCCUCGGUGAUCAGGCUGAAUAAAGCUUUCGUCUUCGCAGCCUUGUUAGCUAUGGCGAUGGUGGAGGCGGCAGAAGGCCAGACGGUGAAUUUCUCCAUGGCCGCGUCGAAUGUUCCGCAGUUCGAAUACAUGCACGGCGCGUCGACCUCGGGAGUCAAUCUGUACUACACACCACCUACAAACGGGACGUUCGUGUUCGGUCUCUUCGUUCCAAAAGGAGGGUGGGUUUCACUGGGAUGGUCUGCCGACUGCUCUAUGUUCGACGCAGAUGUCGUCAUCGCUGGGGUAAACGAACCGACGGCAGCGCCAGGCACGUUCAGGACCUCAGCGCGUCCCGGGCGCACCCUUCUCCCUGACGCUGCCUUGGCUAAGGAAAUUAAUCUCCGCCAUGCAUGGGCCCCGGCGGAGGCCUUCCUCACCGUCCACCGAAGCAAGGAAGGCGGCAAUGUGCCGCUUAAUGGCACCAGCAUUUGCGUCAUAUGGGCCUACAGCAACAGUUCGCGUCCAACCUACCAUGGCCCGGAUAGAAGAGGAGCCUUUCGCAUAGCUUUGGCAGAACCGGCAGCCGCAGAAGCAUCAGUGCCAGCAGAAGGAGAAGCCUUAGGAUCAAAGCCAGCCGAAGGAGAAGGAGCAAUGCCAGCCGAAGGAUCAGUGCCAGCCGAAGGAUCAGUGCCAGCCGAAGGAGAAGGAUCAAUGCUAGCCGGAGAAGGAUCAAAGCCAGCAGAAGGAGAAGGAUCAUUGCCAGCGGAAGGAGAAGGAUCGAAGCCAGCCGAAGGAGAAGGAUCAAUGCCAGCCGAAGGAGAAGGAUCAACGCCAGCCGAAGAAGGAUCAAAGCCGGCGGAAGGAGCAGAAGCUGGAAGGGGUGAGGGACCAGCUGCCGAAGGGGAGGGGAAUGCGGAAGCGAGCGCCAGCGGCCCCAGUGAAGUGGAUGCGAAGAGCGAGGGCGAGGCAAGCGAAAGCGCACCGAACCCCGGAACUGAGAACGAGAAAGUCGCCAAGUCACCGACGAUGCCGAGGAACGGCCAGAAUGCACCAAGCAGUGCUCCAUCGUCGGAGAGUGGAAGCACCAAAAGAGAGCCGAAUGCCGCCGCCAGCAUCAGCGUUGCUUUGCUCGUUGCGCUUCUCACGUUCAGUGCCUAUCUGGUGGUAUGAUCAUCACCGUAGCUAGGAGGCUAGGAUCCCUACGUGAACACAUACCAACACACACACACACGCACACAGAGCGCGCGCGCGCGCGAGAGAGAGAGAGAGAGAGAGAGAGAGAGAGGACAAUGUGUUGGCUAUGUUUAAGUAGCGGAGACGGGGUGUCGGGGGUAGGGUGAGAUUGCGGAAGGAAGGUGGUGGGGGCAAGUGGAGAGGAGUGGAAAGGGAAUGUAGGAGGAGUUAGCAUGAAGACGGUGGAGUAAGUGCUUUCUAAUUAGCAUGAAGAUGGUGGACUACGUGUUCUCGUGGUGAAUGUAUUUCCUUUUUUUUUUUUUUUUUUUUUUUUAAUGAGUGAAUGAAUGAAAUGAUUCGCCAUAAGGGGUCUGUAAGAGAGAGAGGGGUUUUCGCGAUUAAGGAGAAGGGAGAGGGGGAGCCUAAGAACUCUGCAGGGUGGGCUAGGGGGAAUCACAGGUGUACUGGUGGCUUCACUACGGAGAAUAAAAAUGACCAGAAACAGGUGUACUGGUGUGCGCUUCAACCUGCCCACACGAUGUGGGAAGAUAAAGUGAGCAGAAGGUGUGUAGAGUGGCAAGGUAUGUUCUGGAGGAGGAGGUUGGGUGUUCCGGGACUUUCAAGCUCGUCUUUUGACAUUCAGCCAUGGACUUUCCCGAACGUUUCUGACCGAGGUCACGUCCACAUUCAGGCCAAAAUAAACCUACUGUGAGUAUGCCCUUACGUAUGCAUGUGGUCGAGCGCGCGUGCCAGAUACUGGCCUUGUCCUGUUCACAAGUAUUGUACAAGUUCAAAGUCCAAGUUCCGGAAGCGUUGUGGAGUCUGAAGAGAAGGAGAAGGAGGAGAAGGAGAAGGAGAAGGAGAAGGGAUUUGUGUUCGCUCGAGAAUGUCGAAGGAGAAGGGAUUUGUGUUAGCUGGAGAUUGUCAAAGGAUUGCAUGUGCGAGUUUAACGUCUCACGACGGGCCAAAAGGAGUUGGAGUAUGAGCGAAAGUUUAGAAAGGGGUUCGAGUAUGAGCGAAAGCCUAAAAAGGGCUUCUUUUUGGGUGAUCAGGGCCGGUCGGCGGGGGGAGAGAGGGUAGGAAAAGGGGGUUGGAAAGCGUCAUUGACAAGGGAAAUAGAAACACGCAUGACCGAAGACUGUUACGGGAUGGAGGGAGUGAAUGGGGGGGAACCAGAUCGAGGAGAGGGCUAGAAGAGUUUUAGCGUGAACCGUUGAUCGUGGCUAUGGUAGGAGCUGGAAAAAAUGGGAGAGGCAAGGCAGGUGGAGUCUAUUGAAGGAGACUGCGCAAUAGAUGGAAGCGCGGCUCACGCAAUGUUUCUCCUUUGGUUUGUGUGUGUGUGUGUGUGUGUGUGUGUGUGUGUGUGUGUGUGUGUGUGAGAGAGAGAGAGAGAGAGAGAGAGAGAGAGAGAGAGAGAGAG